UGUCGUUGAAACGAAGACCUGAGACGUCGUCGUUUCAAGUUUCCCUCUUUUUCUGAUUCAUUCUUUGGCGGCAAGUCAUCAAUCGUCUCUAACUAACUGAAAUUCGUCGCUCGGUCGCUGAUCGCAGUUCCAUUGACGGAGAAGAAGAUACGAAUCGGGAGAAAGGCGGAGUGGUGAUCGCGGCAGGAUGGGAGUCCAGGGACUGUGGGACUUACUCGCUCCGGUCGGCCGUCGCGUGUCCGUCGAGACGCUUUCCGGGAAGAGGCUCGCAAUUGACGCGAGCAUUUGGCUGGUCCAGUUCAUGAAGGCCAUGAGGGACGAGAAGGGGGACAUGGUGCGUAAUGCACACUUGCUAGGGUUCUUUCGUAGAAUUUGCAAGCUGUUGUAUCUCAGGACCAAGCCUGUGUUCGUCUUCGAUGGAGGCACGCCUGCUCUGAAGCGGCGCACGGUUAUUGCAAGGCGGAGGCAGCGAGAGAACGCGCAGGCUAAGAUUCGGAAAACCGCCGAGAAAUUACUCCUCAAUCAAGUUAAUUCUUCUCUGCCAAAAUUUGAACUGAUCACUCUGAAGACAGCGAGGCUGAAAGAGUUGGCAAAGGAUCUUGAAAACCAGAGGAAGAAUCAGAAGAAUAACGCCAAGGGCAAGAAGGUUUUACCAGAGCCUGCAGCAAGCAGUUUGGAGAAUAGAGAUGCAACAUUUGAUCAUGUCAAUCAAGAGAAAUUGGAUGAGAUGUUGGCUGCGUCUAUAGCAGCGGAGGAAAAUGUGGGUGUAGAAAAUGCAUCAACAUUUGCUGGUCCAGAAAGGCAGGAUGAUGAAGAUGAGGACCUGAUACUGCCUGAGAUAGAUGGUGACCUGGAUCCGGAUGUAUUGGCUGCUUUGCCGUCAUCAAUUCGACGUAAAGUUCUGAUGAAGAAAGGGUCAAUGGUGGAAGACAGACAAUUUCAUGAUGAAACCAAGAUUGAAAACAGCAAGAAAAAUGAGAAGGGAAAGGAGGUAUUGUCGGACCCAGCCGAAGUAGAGAAGAACAAUUUUGAAGGGCUUGACAAAGGGAUGGAAAGUUUCAACCAAGAAAAGCUAGAUGAGAUGUUGGCUGCAUCUCUUUUAGCUGAAGAAGAUGGGAUUCAUAAGUAUAAUACAACAUCUGUUGCUUCUGCUCCCUUCGAGGGCGGUGAAGAUGAUGAUGAAGAGAUGAUUCUUCCAACAGUCCCAGGGAAAUUUGAUCCUGCUGUCUUAGCAGCUCUGCCACCAUCAAUGCAACUGGAUCUUCUUGUGCAGAUGAGAGAGAGGUUGAUGGCUGAAAACAGACAACGAUAUCAAAAAGUCAAGAAGGCUCCUGAAAAGUUCUCCGAGCUCCAAAUACAAGCUUAUCUCAAAACUGUUGCAUUCCGUCGAGAAAUAGAUCAAGUGCAGAAAGCUGCUGCAGGGGGAAAUGUAGGUGGUGUUCAGACUUCAAGGAUAGCCUCUGAAGCCAACAGAGAAUUUAUCUUUUCAUCAUCAUUUACUGGGGAUAAGCAGUUAUUUACUUCUGGUGGAGUGCUGAGCAGUGGGGAUAAGCAACAACCACCACCAAGUGGGCUUCCAUCACAUUCUGUUAAAGAUGGUGCUUCUGGCAGUAACGCAGCUACAAUGGCUGGAAUUGGCCUUGAAGAAUCUGGAAAUGUUUUUGAUGAUGAUGUUGAAACCUAUACAGAUGAAAGGGGUCGUAUUCGAUUAAGUAGAGGACGUGCCAUGGGGAUGCGGAUGACCCGAGAUUUACAGCGGAAUUUAGAUAUAAUGAAGGAGAUGGAACAGGUUGAAAUUGAUGUUGCAAGCGUUCCCUCUAAGACCAUGGGGGGACAAGCUAAUUCUGGAGAAGGAAUUCCUAGUGCAAGAACAGAAGUCAGAGGUUCAGGUGAUAACAGUGUUGGAUCCACACAGUUGAACGAGAGAAAUGGACACCAUUUGAUAGAUAACAAUAGUUGUAUGCAGAUUUCAUUUGAGAUUGAUGGUGCGAGCAAGUCUUAUGAAAGUGAUGAUGACAUGUUCUCUUGUUUAGUUGCUGGACAACCAAUUGACAUCUCUUCUGUUGACAAUGAUACAACCCGGAAACAGGCUCUUGAUUCAGCUUCUGAUAGUGAUUGGGAGGAAGGGAGCAUUACGACAAAAUGGGAUGGUUCUUCCACCGACCCAGAGUUAGUUCAAUCUGGGAAACCUGUUUCAAGAGGUGAGUUGCAAGAAGAUGCUGAUUUGCAGGAAGCCAUAAGGAGAAGUCUCAAGGAUCCAGGAAGUGAUAAAGGAUUUGCAGAAAAUGGUGACGAACUUGUAGUUAUUAAUCGAAGCGACAGCAGGCAAGUGUUGAAUAUGGUUAGGAAGGAUAUUCAGGAAAGUAAUAUAAACAUUGGCACUAUGGAAGCAAAUGAACCAUGUGGUCCAAGUACAGCUAAUGAGCCCAACAAGGUCUCUCGAAGCACAUUGUCUGGAAUGCAUGGUCUUGAUGAUAUCAGUAAGACAUGUCUAGAGCACACAGGUUCUAAGUUUGAAGAAUGUCGAUGGGAUACAUGCAAAGAGCUCAAGGCAAAUGGAGAAGUACAAUGGCCAAAUCCAGAGCAAUCUGUAGAUGCUACUACUGAGGCUGGUGGGUUAUCUACCACAACAACUAGUUUCUAUCCGGCUGAGGAUUCUCAUAUUUCUAAACCAGUCAUUGGUGAUAGCAUGAUGAGUGUUGGUAUGGACAAUGUUCAAACAGAAGCUUCCAUGUUUGUCAGGGAGGAUAAAGUUGCUCCUGAAACUGAAGCAUCACUUCAUUCAGUUGAGGAAACUAUAGCAAAUUCUUCUGGAUCAUACAUAGAGUCUCUUAGAGGAGAUUCAACAGCUCCCGAUGACAUUGAGGAACAAAUGGUUGGUGAGAAGAUCCUCGACACACAAUUCGCAUCAAAGAACAGCAAGAAUCAUGCUGCUGCUGAUACAAAUGAUGAGAAAGUUUUUUCACAGGCUACCGUAGAGGAGGAGAUACAUAUACUGGGUCAAGAAUUUAUGAAUCUGGAAGAUGAACAGAGAAAGCAUGAACGCAAUGCUGAAUCAGUCACCAGUGAAAUGUUCGCGGAGUGCCAGGAGCUUCUUCAAAUGUUUGGCAUACCAUAUAUAAUAGCACCAAUGGAGGCAGAAGCUCAAUGUGCAUACAUGGAACUCGCAGGCAUUGUUGAUGGUGUUGUAACUGAUGACUCUGACGUUUUUCUAUUUGGAGCGUGUAGUGUGUACAAGAAUAUAUUUGACGACCGCAAAUAUGUGGAGACUUACUUCUUGAAGGAUAUUGAGAAGGAACUUGGCCUGACUAGAGAUAAACUAAUUCGUAUUGCAUUGCUUCUCGGGAGCGACUAUACUGAAGGAGUUAGUGGGAUCGGUAUUGUUAAUGCUAUUGAGGUUGUUGAUGCUUUCCCUGAGGAUGAUGGCCUGCAGAAAUUUAGAGAGUGGAUAGAAUCGCCAGAUCCAACCAUCCUUGGGAAGCUGGGUGGAAAGCCUCGCUCAAGUGGUAAGAAACAAGGAUCCAAAGUUGCUGACAGUAAAUUGGAUCCAUCUGACAAGGACACUGCGUCAAUGGAUGGUAUUGACGAGAUAAAGCAGAUUUUUAUGGACAAGCAUAGAAAUGUUAGCAAGAACUGGUAUAUCCCUUCCUCUUUUCCAAGCGAAGCAGUCAUUUCUGCAUAUUGGUCGCCCCAAGUUGAUAAAUCAACAGAACCUUUCACAUGGGGAAAGCCAGAUCUUCACCUUCUUCAACGGUAAGCUCUUAGGGAUUU